UCUCUCUGACAAUAUGUCGCUGUCAAUCGUGUCAGUGUGAAGUAAAUUUUUUUUGUAUUUUUGUUACCCUUAUUUAUACUAAAAAUAUUGAGUAGUGAUUCAUUCUUAUCAAUUAAUUACUAUUUUUCUUCUAUUAACAAAAAUUUGAACAACUCCAGUUGAGUGGAGAGCGAGUUUUAUCAGCUACCAUCACCUAAUAUGAUUGAUUGCGUUAAUAAUUAUUAGUUGGGGCAUGCAUGAUUAAACGAUGAGUAGUUUGUCUAUUCAAUAAUCACCGGAAGUGGUGUAAGCUUUAGAGUGAACUUUGAAUUAAUCACUAGACGAUUGAUUUGGGGGAGUUAUGGAGUUGUUGGUUGCGAGAGGUCACUAUUUUUAGUUUUUCAUCGGAAUGUUCAGAGAAUAUUUCGUUCGGCACACGUAGAUGAUGUACUUCCUGGAAUCUGAGGUGAAGUGAAUUCUUUCUUCAGUGUGUCUCAAUGAUCGCAGUAUUGUAUUUUCACUAUUUAAAAUUGUUGAACACUUAUGACCAAAUAUGGAUGAAGGAACAUUAAACGAUUUACUCGAGUGUUCUGUAUGCUUGGAACGGUUAGAUACUUCCAGUAAAGUACUUCCUUGUCAGCAUACAUUCUGUAAAAAGUGUUUGGAAGAAAUUGUUUUAAAACACAAAGAUUUACGAUGUCCAGAAUGUCGGAUAUUGGUAACGAUAAAGGUAGAUGAUUUACCACCUAAUGUUCUCUUGAUGAGAAUAUUAGAAGGUAUGAAAAAUGCUCCAAAUUCGCUAAAACAAAGAAACUGCCGAUCUGGCCAGGUUCAACCAAAUUUGUUGCACCAAGCUGUACAACCACCUGCGAAUAACACCCCUGAGCAUAUUAUCUCACCCAAUAAAUUGAAUGCUGCUCAUGUCAAUCACCAACCCUAUGCAAAGGCUCUAUAUGAUUAUGCACCAAGAGAAAUGGGGGAUUUAACAUUCAAAAGAGGAGACACAAUUAUACUGAAACGAAGAAUUGAUAACAACUGGUAUUAUGGAGAAUGCAAUGGUUUACAAGGAGUAUUUCCAUUGAGUUAUGUCCAGAUUAUCACCCCAGUACCAAGCCAUUUACCACAGUGUAAAGCUCUCUAUGAUUUUCGGAUGACAAAUGAUGAAGAAGAAGGUUGUUUAGUCUUCAAAAAAGGAGAUAUAAUCCAUGUUAUACGAAGGGUUGAUGAAAAUUGGGCCGAAGGGAAGUUAGACGGAAAGAUUGGAAUUUUUCCUCUUGCCUUUGUAGAAUUAAAUAACUUGGCAAGGUCUCUUAUGAAACUGUCUAUAAACGUUCAACCUGGACCAUCCAAAGUUGCACCUCCCACCCCGACGGCUGAAGAAACUGGUACUCCUCUUAUACCUACCAAUCAUUCAAAAAAUGUAGUGCCACAGUCCAAAGGUAACCCACCAGCAGCCACACCAAAAGCACUGCCAACCUCAGAUUCUAGCUCAACAAUAAGUUCAGGAAGUUCCUCGACAACUACCCCCAACGUUUCAUCAAGCAAUACGUCUUCAAGCUCGAGUACUGCCCCUUCUUCACCGGCGUCGCCCCCUUCUAGGCCUCAAGGAACGCCCAGCAGGAACUUCAUACAGAUACCCGAAUUUGUCGGUCGUUCUAGUGCCACAAACACCCCGCAAAGGACCACACCAGGAUCCCACCAAAUGCCACAUUCGAAAGAGAAAAGACACAGUUUCACGGGGCUGUCCCAUCCCCAACACAACUCCCAUCGUCUCUCUGCCGAGAUCACCGACAACUCUCACCUGUCGUCGCCUCGAAGGACCAACGAAGAGGUGCAGCUACCUGCCCCGUACAUCGCUCUGUAUCCCUACAAGCCUCAGAAGCCGGACGAGUUGGAACUGAAAAAGGGUGGUAUUUACAUGGUGACGGACCGUUGUCAGGACGGGUGGUACAAGGGCACCUCUAACCGCACCCAGAAAUGCGGGGUAUUCCCCGGUAACUACGUUUCUUUGGCGCACGGCCUCACGCCCGCACAGAUCGAGUCGAAAUCGUCCGUAAGUCGAAUUCGGAGCAAUAAGAACGGUUUGUCGAAAGGCUUGGGGGCCCCUCCCGAGCUCCCCCCGCGCGCGGUCAGCCCUUCCGUCGCCCCCAGCAUCUCGUCAAGCUGGCACGGGCAACAGGAGGGAGUGACUGUGCCCCUGGGACGGAGCACAAGCGCCAUUAUGACGAGCGGCGCUCAGUUUUUGGCUUCUGCGAGUUCUACUAAAAAUACUGAUAAGUCCAAGGAACGAAAAGAACGCAGCACAACGGUGAGCCUGAUGAAGAGACUUGCCAGCAUGAAGAGGCCGAAAUCGCCUCCUAACUCUUCGUAUUCGAUGGAUAAUCCAGUUUUCGAAGAUUCAUCUCUUACAUCCACCGCCCAACCUGUUCAUGUAAGAUCAGGCUCCUGUCCCAGCCAACUUCUUCAGGUGCACUCGUCUGAUCAUCGUUUGUUGGGAUCCUCUUCCCAGCGCUUAAAGCAUAAAGACCGCCCUAGUGUUCUACCCUCACACAGAGAUUUAGGUAAAUCUACUCCAAAGCAAAAUAAUUCAUUCAAACAAAAGCAUAACAACAAGAAUACAAAAACAGGCAGGCACACAUCAAAUUUUCAAAGUGUGGAAUCGACAUCCACCCAUUCUACAUCGAGCCCAGAGGUACACCGUCAUAGAAAGUCGAACUCUUUAGACGCUGGGAACAGAUCGAAAACUGCCACUCAAACAGUUCGUGAGCGAUAUCGCUGUAUAACCCCCUAUCCUGCCAACAGUGAGUAUGAGUUGGAGUUACACAUCGAUGAUAUCAUUUAUGUACACAAAAAGAGAGAUGAUGGCUGGUAUAAGGGGACACAACAGAGAACAGGCAAAACUGGACUUUUUCCAGCAAGCUUUGUUGAGGCUUUCUGAAGUUUAGAGGUUGUCAUUAAAAUUUUCUAAUCGAUAUUUUCAAUUCAGAAUGGUGCGUAUAUUGUAGAAUGAACCAAAACUCAUCGUUUGAUCUACACAUUUCUAGAAAUGAUUAUAACAGGGUGUCCUAUAAAUAUCGCAAGAUAUACUUCAUCCAAACCUAUCAUUACCCGUUUUGCAGUGGUAGGACUUAUUUUUUUAUGGGCCAGCCUGUGAGUUUGUCAUUGAAUGUGUGAUUAAACUAAUACUGUUAUUGCGUAAUUUAUUAUCUUAAACCAAUGUUUAUUACAUUGAGUUUUUAACAUGAUUUAUUUAUCUGUUUAUAUAAUAAUUAUAAUUGCAUAUACCAAUUGCUCAUGAUUUUUGUAAUAUCAGCUCUAUUUGCUUUGUAUCGAGAACCUUAUUUAAACAUUUGUGAUAUCGGAUAUUAAUCUCUUAGCAGCAUUUAAUUGCAUCUUAAAGGAAUAAGUAGAUACAUUUACCUCUCUUGAUAUUAACCUGUUCAUUGAGGCAAUAUAACUUAGUGCAAUAAUAUUCUUGAAUUGUUGGUGAUACACGAUUGCUAUUUAUUUUAUUUAUGUAUCUGUCUUAUUUAGGGUCCUGAGAUAAUUUGAAUUGAUUUUUUCUGUAUGUAGAAUUAUUAUCUGAAACUCCUGAUUUUCUGUGUUAGUAGUAUUUUUAGAAAAUGCUUGUAUAUUUAAUUUAUUUAUAUGUUGAUUAUUAAUCAGGUUUUAUGAAAUAAUUUGAGUUCUCUAUGGACUCGGUACUUUACUUGAAGAGCUGAAGUGACGACACUCUUGCCUAUGUGAUUUUUUAACUAGCUUUUGAUGCACGUUUCGACUACAAGGUUGUCAUCUUUAGAAACUACAGAUUAUUAACUCAAUUACAAAAAUAUGCAAAUGGUAAGGGUGCUACCCCCCUUGAGUAAUUCUGAUCUACCCUACUAUUAGCUAUAACUCUUUUAUCGAUAAGACGUUAUUGGCAUCAUUGUAUACAAUGAUAAAAUUUCUAGUGGUCUGUUCUAUUUAUACUUUAAUUUACAUUUAAUUUUUAAAUACCUGAAUUAAUUUUUCUUGAAUUUUGUGGGAGGUAUUACCUAAUACUAUCAGUUUUUGUUCUAAAAAAUGAUUUUAUGUUGACUUUUUCAAGAAUAUUUCAAAGUUUCUUAUGGGUUUUGGUUGAAAAGAAACUCACAUAGUACAAACUACUAGAAAUACUCUUACUACAUAUAAGUGGGGUAGUGGGGUAUAUUUCACAUGAUUUUGAAAUUUAGCUAGUAACCUGUGGUUUCCGAUGAGAACAUUGUAGUCAAAACGUGAGUCAAACGCUAAUUAAAAAUUCCCGUGAACAAAAAUGUGGUUACUUAAAAUUUCAAGUAAUCAUGUUUUGAUAAAUUUAUUGAAUUUGUAUCUAUGUUGCCAUUUUUUAAUACUAAAUUAUAUUAAUAUUUAAGGUAAUCGAUUAUCGAUAAAAGUGAUUUUAUGUGGGACAGGAUUUUUAUAAACUGCUACACCUAAUAAUUCUUGAUGGUAUGAUUUCAAUUAUGUCCUUCGAAAUAUUCCUCUAUGGUGAAGAAAUUCAACAGUCUCAUAAUAUCACCGAAACCAUGUCCAUGUAAAAAUUUAAAUGUAUAGUGUUACAUCACUCAAAAUUUCGUUGAUACUUUCCUAUUUCCAUUGUCUCUGUUGCUUCUUUUUCCGUAUUCUGCUCCAUUGUUGUCCUUCAAGAAGAGUUUCCUGUGAAUUUCAUGUUAUAUGUUGAAUGUUAGUUUAUAGUAAGUAUUAAUUCUGCUGUGCUUUGACAAUACAAUGAGCCAUCGUAGCCAGUUAUUCCAUCUUUUCUAUGUUACUAUCGAGAAAUUUUGGAGUGCUUAGGUGGAUGCCUAAAAUGAACAUCAUUUGAAUGUCUGAAGUUUAAUGCAGAGAAAUAAUAUUCAAAAUACCACACACAUCAUUUAGGUCACUAUAACAGGUUUAAAUGUCCGAAAUAUCAAAGGACCCAAGGAAAUAUUUGAAAAAAUUCACCUUUUACCCGAGUUUUAUGGACAUAGCAGUUUGGAAAAUCCCGUCAAAAUAAUUUCAGUUAGGCCAUGUAAAUCUUAAUCUUGCAUUUUUGGAAUUCACACCAUGUGUUCAAUGAUCUUUAAGUAUGUAUUUUAGAUAGUAAAUGAUGUAAUCAUAUUCAUAUUAUAGUUACUCAUAGUAGAUAAUUCAUGACAUUUAAAUUUUUCGUGGUGGUGGUGGUGAUUUUUUUAUCGGUUUUCUUUUUGUUGACUUCAUUGUAUAGAUAACAUGACUGAUUUUUUUCUAAAUAAUAUCAUUAGGCUUCAUGUUUAUUAGGGAUCAUGUAUGUUUGAAAUAUAUCUGAAACGGUA